UUUCAAAAUAUUUGUCGCAAAUCAUAAAAUUUGGUCUGAUUUCUCUUCAAAUCUACUUCAUUAAUCUCAAAUAUAUUUCCUCAUACAUCUAUUACAUUCAAUGCGGUGACAAACAUUCUUCUCAACAUUUUUCAUUCAGAUCAUUAAAGCGAUAAAGGAUGCCACCAAAAGCAGAGAGAGGAGCUACCUCGCGGGGUAGACCUCGAGGUAGAGGACGAGGAAGGGGAAGAGGAACUGCUAUCGAGGCAAUUGAAACACCUGAACUUAGAGGCGUUCCCGAAGAAUCUUCUCAAUCUAGUCAAUCACCUGCGCCAGUUGCGCCAAUUGCACCGAUGGUGCCAAUGACGCAAUCUACGGGCACCAUUACUCCAAAACUCGAACCCAGCGAUGACGCAUUCGAUCCAAAUACCUCACCCGCAAUGAUACCUGCCGAAACACCUGCAAAAGACCUCGCGACUACCUCUGCGGAACUUCCAUCGAGAGCCGGAAGUGCGACCAUAAGAGGACGUGGUGGGGCAACUAUGAGGGCACGAGGAGAAUCAACCGGAAGGGCUAGAUUCAAGCCUAAGAAUAUUAGAAGAGAUCAAGCAGACAGAGAGAGAUUAGAGCAAGAGGAAAGGGAUCGAAAGGCAGCAAAUCAAGCACAAGCAGAAAAAGAAGCACGUAGAUCUCAACGAGGACGAGGACAAAUUGGGAGGGGUAGAGGUGAUGCAAUGGGUCAAAAUCGUGGGGCGGGAAGAGGAGCCCCAAUGUCGAGUGCUACUGGUAUUUUCAGUGUUGCACCGGCUGCAAUGGGUAAGUCAAUUACUGAUUAGUUGUUAAUUUUGCUAAUAUCUAUUCUACAGACAGAAAGGGUGGUAUGGAUGGGUUUGCCAUUGGAAGUACAAGAGGUGGUGGUGGAGGAGGAGGAGGUGGCGGUGGCGGAUUUGGAGGUGGAGGAGGAGGAGGAGGAGGAGGAGGAGGUGGUGGUGGUGGUGGUGGUGGAGGCUCUGGAUCAGGAAAUGGAGGGGUAAAUGUGCUAUCUGCAGAAAAUUCCUCUACCUUCGAUCCUGAAUAUCCCGAUGAAGGCGAUGGACAAGUCAGGAAAGUCAAUAUUGAAAUGAUCAGUUUAGUAGAGGAUGAUGAUGAUGAUAUGGUUGGGUCUGGCAGAGGAGGCAAAGGUGGUUACAAAUCGCGGUCCCUCGCACCAAUCCGAAUCAAGCGUGAAGAACACAAGGAACGUUCCAACAUGAUGGUUAGUGAUCCAGAUCUUGCAGAGGCAGCAAAGAAGCAAGUGGGUGAAGCAGAGGGUGAUAAAUCUGGGGGAGGUAUUGAGGUGACUAUGGAUGGAGCGGCAAACGCUGAGGAGCCAAGGGCAAAAGACGAACCUGGUCUCGAAUCUCCAACCAUGUCAAAGUUGCCCGAGUUCAAAGCACCAUCUUCCCCUGAAAAGAAGAAGCGUCUCAAAAAGGAGCUUGACUCUCCACAACAAUCUAAACUACUACGACCUAGCAGAAGGAAGGAUGAAGUUCCAGUCAUACAAACCGAAGAGGACAAAUUCGAAUAUGAACGUUAUCUUGAGGAUGUGGACAUACUUGCUGAGGAACUUCGUCUAUUGAGAGGAAAUGUGGAUGAAUCACCCAAGGAAAAAGGAAAAGGCAAGGCUGUGGAUGUGGAUGGAGAUGUUGGAAUGGACGGCGGACAAGAACAAGAUGAAUCUCAACCAGAAGCUAAUCAUGCAGAUGGUCGAAUCUAUCUAUUCCAAUUUCCUCCCGUUCUUCCUCGGUUAUUUAAUCCUCAAGUUGAGAAGUCGGAAGAUGUUGUUGUGACUCAAUCCUCUGAGCAAAUUGAUCUUACCGACGACAAGGACAAAGGAAUUAAGAAGGAAUCCGAAGAAGUCAUCAUCAAGACCGAACCAAACGUCGCGCAAGAAAAUGAGGCAUUAGUUAGCGAACAAGGGUAUAUUGGGAGAUUGGUCGUAAGGAAGAGUGGCAAGGUGGAAUUAGAUUGGGGUGGCACAAGUAUGGCGGUAGGCCGUGGCGUUCCAGCUGCUUUCUUGAGUCAAAUUGUUCUUGCUGAGGAACCUAAAGGUGAGGCACCAGAGGGUGUUGCCACUGGAUUGGGAAAAGUUAUGGGGAAGUUUAUCGUUACACCUGAUUGGGAAAAGAUUUUUUAGUGGGGCGGAAGAGGGGAUAAGGAAAGCGGGAAGAGGAGAGCACGGAGGGAAAACAAGCGACCCCCUGUCUUAUUGAGGGAAUAUAUUUUGCAUAGCAUAGCUCCGGCGUUGGCGGUUUUAUCAAAAUUGGUGUAAAAGGGCAUUCAUCUUUUCACGAUGAUUCUAGGUAUAUACCAAUGGAAAUAAGACAUCAACUAUAUUGGCGACGUCUUUUGGGAGUUGAAGUAAGUUCCACGGCAUAGUAGAAGGAAUAUAGCCAAUAACG